CGACGACUGGACCUUCACUUUCAUUCCAGUGUACAUCUGCUAAUCUCUGUGCUGGGGAUUGUCCUGAAUGUCUUUGUCCUGAUGGUUUUCUGCCUCCACAAGAAAGCCUGCACCACACCUGAGAUCUACCUGAGCAACAUGGCUGCUGCUGACCUGGUUCUGGUUUCCUUUUUGCCCUUUUGGGCUAAUUAUAUUUCCAACUAUUAUAACUGGAUUUUUGGUGAAGUCAUGUGCAAAAUUGCCAAGAUGAUUAUUAUAAUGAAUUCAUUUUGCAGCAUCUACUUCCUGGUUUUGGUCAGCAUUGAUCGUUAUUUGGCUCUGGUGCACCCUCUGUCCUUUAAAAGAAUACGUACACCAUUUUUUGCUAAACUGGGUUGUUUGCUGGUGUGGAUUCUGGGCUUCAGCUUUGGUGUUCCAACAUUUAUUUUCAGAAAAGUAGUAAAAAAUUAUGAUAAAAACAUUUGUACGACUGUCAAUUUAAGCUAUACUACUGUCUUUACAAGUCAGUCUCUAAACUUAGCAUUUGGGUUCAUUGUUCCUGUUUCCAUCAUUGUCUUCUGCACUGUAAAAAUUAUUAAAAUUUUGAGAAGCAGGCCAAUGGAAGGAGUAAAUGCAAAGAAAACAGAACAAAAGGCAACAACUUUGGUUUUGGCAGUGCUGCUGGCAUUUCUUAUCUGUUGGGUUCCAUACCACCUGCUUGGGAUAAGUGUGCUCCUUCCAAUCACUGAGUGCAGCACACGCAAAGUUUUCUACAUUUGUGGGCAGAUCUUCAGCUACUUAGCCUACUUCAACAGUGUUCUCAACCCCAUUCUCUACAUCAUUGUAGGAAAAAACUUUAGAAAGAAAGUUCAAGAACUUUUCAGGCAGUGGAAGAACAAAAGAUUCCUGAUUGUCAGCAAAACAUCCACGAGCAAAACUUUAUCUGGAAAUAGGAACUCUGCAGAUUCCACCAACAGAACAGAAAAUGUGUCAUCCAUUGAGUUGUAAAUUUUCUAGCUUAAUGUUUUUCAUCAAACAUGAAACACGAUGGUACUUAAAGACAUUUGACAUGUUGGAAGGUUUGUGUUAAGCAAAAGUUAAAAUCAGACCAUCUAAAAUACAUUUUUAUUCAACAGUUUGUUAUGUUUUAAAUGAGUUGUAAUUACAGGUGUGGUGAGUUUUGAUCAAAUGUGGCUCUUGUUCAGAUUAGAUAAAACUUURUUGUCCUAAAGGAAAUUUGUCUUGGAUACAGACUCUAACUGCUACAAAAUCUAAAACCAUGACCAUCACAUUACAUGCACACCUAAAACCAUUCUAUAAUAAAUAUAUUUUAAGAGAAAUAAAAGAGAAACCAUGUCAGUACAAUUUAAAAUUUUAGACACCCUCGCCUACAAUCGCAAUUUAUUGGUUGUUACUGCUGAUGGCUUGGAUAGAAAGUGGAACAAAUGAAUUCUUAUAGCAGUUCAGUCAAUGCAGGAACUCUGAGACUCUGAGUUGUUCUGAACCUUUCAUACCAAAACAGUUUAGAAAUGUUUUCAGGAUAACACAGUAAUAAUGCUGCUACAUAAUUAUACAGUACUGCCAAAUGUGUUUUAUGUCAUCAUAAUAAUAGACUCAAACUGAGGUGAUGGAAGAAAUUAAAAGAUAGGGAAAAAGCUGAAGUUGUGCCUCUGUGAUAGUGUAGAGUCCAAUAGASAAGUGUAAUUGCAUUUGUUACAACUGAAUGUACUGCAUGUCUGUGUAUUUUAGCUCUUUUCACUGUGAAAUGUUUGUUUAACAUUUUGUAACCCAAAACCCGUCAUAACUACUGCAUAUCCAUGCUUCAUUUCUCUGUUAUCUGUGUGUUUUUAACUUUAAAAGUCAUUAGUAGCUGGCAAAAAGAAGUAUUGCUAAUUCUGACACUUCUGCAGAACAACCCAGCACAUUGUUUGACAUAAGUAUAAGGUCAAUUUGUGUGUGUGUAGUUACA